ACAAAGUAAGCCCGUUUAAUUAUAAAUUGUGCGGCCUCACGAGUCACCACCCAAACAAAGCAAAGCUCCAUAGCAUCAAAGCUAGCACAAAAACAUCAGCGACUGAUUCAAUGGCACUCAACUGCUACACCUUGUUGGCGCUGCUCGCACUCUGGGUUCCCCUGGCCGUUGUGGCCGGCGACCCGGACAUCCUGGCCGACUUCAUCGUCCCAGCGAGCGCCAACCCGAUGAACCUUACCGGCAACUUCUUCACCUACACCGGCUUCCGCCCCACAAGGUCAGUGACGUCUGGUUUCACCUUGAACAAGGCCACCAUGAUGGAGUUCCCGGCCUUGAACGGCCAAAGCGUGUCCUAUGCCACGCUCACAUUCUCUCCAGGCUCGGUCAACCCCACACACACACACCCGCGUGCCUCCGAGCUGCUGGUCGUCAUCAGCGGCACGCUCUCUGUCGGGUUCAUCGACACCGCCAACAGGCUCUACACCCAGGACCUCGCCACGGGCGACAUGUUCGUGUUCCCCAAGGGGACGGUGCACUACCAGUUCAACCAAGGGAACAGCACCGCCACGGCGCUCUCCGCAUUCGGGAGCGCCACGCCUGGGCUCGUGUCCGUUCCCCUUGCUGUGUUUGAUACCGGCAUCGACAACACCGUCCUCGCCAAGUCGUUCAAGACUGACGAGGCGACCAUCCAGAAGCUCAAGGCUGGCCUGGCUUUCCGGUGCUGUUAACCAAUCGCCUGAUGCCUGCGUACCAUGCUGUGUUCUGAGUUUAAGAUUUAUAUAGUUGCAGACCCCUGCAAAACUGCAACAACCAAAUAUAGGUAAAUAAAAGACAAAGUGG